AUGGGCGGCUACGGUCGGGUUCGGCGCAGGCUGUUAUUCCGGGCCCCUGGGUACGUAUACUGCGAUCUUCUUACUGGACGAAGCACCGGCCGAAGUGCUCUUACUGGACUUAUCUACUGUGGACCCUCGGGCUAUGAAACUUCCUCAAAAUAUGUUGCCGCCUUCCCUUCUGAUCUCCAACUGAUACAAAGGCUCGAACGUAUGGUCCACGCCGCCGCGCAAAGGCUUUGCGAUAAGUUCCUCGCCCGCCGCGGACACGGCCCGCUAGACGUUGCCGCAGCAUACAGUUACCACACGGCCGACAUCAUCAGCGAAGAAGGUGUCUAUGCCAUGUUCCAUCUCAUACGCAUCAUGAGGCACUUCCCGUCCGUGGCCUGGCUCUUAGACCGCGUCCCGAUGAGCGUGAUAAACGCAGUCUCCGAGAAUGUUGGAGCCCUGGCAUCCCACUCCAAAGUAAAAUUGCCGUUGUUGGUUCGACGAGCCGAGGCCGCGUGUGACGCUGGUUUACAGAUGAGCCAAAACACUGUGCUCUUCUUACUAUUAUCGUCAAAUUUGCCGGCCGAGAAGAAGACAGAAGAGCGACUGUCCGGCGAGGCGAACGUUUUUCUUGCCGUUGGAACGGAAACAACGGCGACGGUCCUCAGUCUCUGCACGCACCAUCUCCUGAAGAAGCCGGACGUCGUAGCAAAGAUAAGAGCUGAGCUGUUAGCGGUGGUGAAGGACCCGGAAGCGCUGGCUGACUGGUUCGUUCUCGAACAGCUGCUGUAUCUGACCGCUGUCAUAAAGGAGACGCUCCGACUGAUGUACGGGCUCUCGUCGAGGUUGCCCAAAAUCGCUCCCGACGAGGAUGUGCUGUAUCAGGGCACGUGGACUCCUCCUGCGAUGACACAAGCAGUGAGCGUCAUUCACGUCAUCCUCCGAGGGUGUGUCAUGGGCAUGUCGGCCUACCUGGUCCACAUGGAUGAACAUCUGUUUCCGGGCCCAGCCAAGUUCGCCCCUAAGCGAUGGCUUCUCAGAAACGGGAGGAAAGACAGGCACCUUGAGCAGUAUCUCGUCACUUUUUGGAGGGGUACCCGACAGUGUCUAGGUAUGCAGUACGUCUUUGCCCUCUUGUCUGUGGUUACCCUGUCCAGGCACCCGGCUAACCGCAGGACUUUCAACAGGCUAGCAUAUUGCGAACUCUUUAUCGCUGUCGCGGCGCUGAUUUUGAGAGUCAUGGGUAACACGAGGCUAUUCGACACAACAGAUGCCGAUGUCGUAUAUGACUUCGAUCUUGCCCUAGCAAUGCCCAAGAAGGACGGUAAAGGCAUUCAGAUCAACAUGAGCUGA